UGUACAGUGUGGAGUGUGAGCAUGUAUCUUCCUUCUCUACCACACCUCCAAAGAUGGCUAUGCCAUUCUCAUCUCCUGAUGAGGCUAUCAUAAAUACUGUCGUACCUCUAUCCGAGCUAACGCUAUCAUCAACAUCAAGAGCACAAGGAAUAAAUGUGGAACAGCUUUAUGAUAUCAAACAUGUCGCCCAACUCAUUCUACAGCACAACUUCCAGAGGAUAGCAUUGCAAUUUCCCGAUGAACUUCUGAGUGAUGCAAGUAAGGUAUUUUGGUCAUUGGAAGAUACUCUCAAGCGCUCGAAAGGAUUGAGAGACUUACCGGAACUGUACGUCCUUGCAGAUACAUCCUAUGGAAAUUGUUGCGUCGAUGAAGUGGCUGCAGAACAUAUUGAUGCAGACUUGGUAGUUCAUUUCGGACAUGCUUGCUUAAGUCUCACUUCACGUUUGCCUGCUAUUUAUGUCUUCCAUCGGCUACCUAUCGAUGCGAAUCAAUGUGUGGAACAGAUAGCCACCAGACUGGAGGAGCAGGACGGGUGGAAGCAGAAGAAAUUGGUGAUGAUGUAUGAUGUAGGAUAUGAACACGCAAGCACGGAGAUUCGCAAGCUGUUGGAAGAGAAGCUCAAUUGCAAGAUCUUACUCUCAGAAAUGGACAAAAGCGUCAACUUUGACCGUUAUCUCUCACAGCCCACUUCCAGCGAACAGCCUCAAACACAAGGAAGCUCGUUUGCUAGCACAAGCAAGAACAAGAUCCCGGACGAGCUAAACGUCGACUCGGAAAAGGAAGUCAUUCACCUUUACAUCGGCCCUGAAUCUUUGGCAUUGACGAAUUUGCUGCUACGACUAGGCCCUACAGCAACCGUUAUCCGAUAUGAUGCAGAAAAGCAGACGACUCAAAACGAGAGCGGAAGAACGAACAGACUCUUGCAAAGACGGUAUGUUGCCGUUCAAAAAGCCAGGGAUGCACAAACGGUUGGCUUACUAGUCGGAACAUUAGGCUUACGAUCCUACCUACCGCUCUUACAACAUCUUCGUACACAUUUGACAGAAGUACAAGGAAAGCGAGUUUAUACAAUUUCGGUAGGAAAGUUAAAUCCAGCAAAGUUGGCAAAUUUUCAAGAAAUUGACGUUUUCGUUUUAGUUGCUUGUCCGGAAAAUAGUUUAGUUGAUUCUGCUGCUGGUUUACAAGGAGCACAUGAUAGUAGAGAUUUUUAUAAACCGAUCGUUACGCCUUUUGAAGUUUUGACGGCUUUCAAAGGAAGGGAAUGGACGGGUGAAUAUAUCCUGGAUUUGGAACAGGUUUAUGGACAAGCACAAGCGUUUGAUACGGCCGAAAAGGAGAAAAAGGGUAAAGCUGGCAAUGAAUCAGAUGAUGAGGAUGAUGAACCUCACUUUUCACUCAUGACAGGUGGACUAAUUUCGAAAAGACGUGCAUACGAUCCGAGAAAUAAGGUUGACAGUCUAGAAAACGGCGGUGAAAAAGCUUUGAUCACUUCAAACAGUCAUGCAAACGAUGCAAAUGAAGGCAUUGUUACCGUUCGUAACGCUGAUGGUACACUGACAAAAGUUAUGGAAAGUGCCGGUGCAGCCCAUCUGGCCACAAGAUCAUGGCGUGGAUUAGAACAAAGACUUGGCGUUGAUGAGCCUGCUCCGUUGGAGAUUGGAAGAUCGGGUAUUGCAAAAGGAUACGUUGCAGGGGAAAAGUCAGAAAAAGAAGGUAGCAAAGAGGAGUGAUAUCUCAAAACAAAACUGUACAGUACUACUCACACGCACACAAUGUACAACAAAUCAAUGCAAAAGUUG